AGGGAGCCCAACCGCCAAUGAGGGAGGAGAGGACGCCAUUUUGUAGCCUCAGAGAGCGAGGCCGAGGGCUUCCCCUCUCUACCCCUCCCCCCUUCAACGUCCUCCUGAAAAGUCAAAUCCUCGUAUUUGCAUCAGAAGUCAAACAGGGAAAUAUGUCUUACUUAAUCAAAAGAGUUCCAAAAUAUAGUUUUGCCAAUCACCUUCAUAGAAUAGGAGAAUUAUUAAUUAAAAUACAUACAGUGAAUGGUUCAAAAGCUUUCAGUGGACAGAAAAUGAGAAUACAAGCUUUUUCGCAGGUUAGUUUUGAAAACAUGGACUCUUUCAGUUAUGUGAUAGUUGGAGCUGGAUCUGCAGGGUGUGUCUUAGCCAACCGGUUGACCGAAGAUCCUCACAGCACUGUUAAACUUCUGGAAGCAGGGCCGAAAGAUACAAUUUUAAACAGCAAACUGUUACUGUGGAAGAUUCAUAUGCCUGCUGCACUGACCUACAACCUAUGUGAUGAGAAAUAUAACUGGUAUUACCAUACAACACCACAAAAGCACAUGGAUAAUCGCAUUAUGUACUGGCCCAGAGGAAGAGUUUGGGGGGGUUCCUCAUCUCUCAAUGCCAUGGUGUACAUUCGAGGCCAUGCAGAAGAUUAUAACAGGUGGAGUAAGGAAGGGGCUGUUGGUUGGGACUAUGAGUUUUGCUUGCCUUAUUUUAAGAAAGCACAGACUCAUGAGCUGGGUGCUGAUCUUUAUCGAGGUGGGAAUGGCCCUCUCCAUGUCUCCAGGGGGAAAACAAAAAACCUUCUUCAUCGUGCAUUCUUGGAUGCAGCCCAACAAGCUGGGUACCCUUUCACAGAGGAUAUGAAUGGUUUUCAGCAAGAAGGUUUUGGCUGGAUGGACAUGACAAUACACAAAGGUCAAAGAUGGAGCACAGCUAGUGCCUACCUUCACCCUGCAUUAUCCCGUCCAAACUUGUCUGCAGAAGACAGCACACUUGUAACAAAAAUUUUGUUUGAAGGCACCAAAGCCAUUGGCAUUGAAUAUAUUAAAAAUGGAGAAAAGAAAAAGGUUUUUGCUAGCAAGGAGGUUAUUUUAAGUGGAGGUGCCAUAAACUCCCCACAGCUACUAAUGCUAUCUGGAGUUGGAAAUGCAGAUGAUCUCAAAAAAUUAGGAAUCCCUGUUGUAUGUCAUCUUUCAGGAGUUGGCCAGAAUCUUCAAGAUCAUUUAGAAGUGUACAUACAGCAGAAGUGCACUCAGCCUUUAACACUGUAUAAAUCCCAAAAGCCUUUCCAAAUGAUCAAGAUUGGCCUUGAAUGGUUCUUGAAAUGUACAGGUGAUGGAGCCACUGCCCACUUGGAGACUGGUGGAUUUAUCAGAAGUCGACCAGGAGUUUCUCAUCCAGAUAUUCAGUUCCACUUCCUCCCUUCUCAGGUGAUUGACCAUGGACGUGUUGCUUCCCAGAUGGAAGCUUACCAAGUCCAUAUUGGUCCCAUGCGGAGUACCAGUAUAGGAUGGCUAAAGCUGAAAAGUGCUGACCCCAGAGAUCAUCCUAUCCUUGAACCAAACUACUUAUCAACAGCUGCCUUUAAGUCAAUUUUGACUAAUGACGACCCUAUGGUUGAGACGUCUCCAAGCUGCCUCCCAUCUUCUACCUCUGCUCAUUUACUGUAGGCUCAGGCCCAUGAUCUUCCUGAUUGGUGUGUGGUCUUCUACUUCCCUCCCCCUUCCCCAGCAUUACUAUCUUUUCUAAUGAGUCGUGCCUUCUCAUAGAGAUAGAUCAAGCCUGGAAGCUAAUAUGACUAAAUUGAGGCUGGCGUACUUUGGCUACAUGUUCUAGGACCUAAUUGUUUGUCACUAUCCAGCCCCAAAACCAGAAUCAAGUCUGGUCUUCACAAAACCCAGACCCGAUUCAGGGUUUCCACCCCCUGUCCUGCAUUAAAAAGACUUACCCUUUGCUCUGGGUUUCCCAGACCUAUGCGAUCCCUGAGCUGCUCUGCGGGUGUGAGUUGUUUGGUGGUCAGAACAAGUGCCUAGUGUUGAUAACAUGGCUGGGCACCUUGUUCUGAACUCAGAGUAACUCAUGCCCACAGUGGCGGCACCAGCUAGAUCACAGGAACCACGUGCAAAGGCAGUUGCCUGUUAUUUGCUGAAAACCUGCUACAAGUAACGGACAGGAAUUCAGGGCCAGCAUAUUCCAGGGUGUGGAGAAAACAUCCAGAGUGGGCGUUUAGCCAAGAAAAGGUGGGGGCUACUCCCAGGAGUAAGUAUAAAUAGGAAGGGGGGAGCAUUUAUGAGAUAGAUAGGGAAUUGGAUAGGAACCGAUUGAGACAGAGUUCUGAGUAAGAGGAGUUUUAUUAGACCCUGAGAGAUUUUAACAGCCAAGGUGGCUGAGAUAACACUGCUCAAGGGGGCAGUUGGAAGGUUGACCUAAAAAGAGGUCAAGUGUGGAAAUAGAAUUGGUGUGGCUGGAAAAGGCAUAAAGUAGCAACAAAGUUUUA